AUGGCGGAUGGUGCUAAGUCACAGCCGGACAUCAACCAACUGGUGCAGCUGAUCCAAGCUCAAGUGCAAGCAUCUGCCCAGCGCGAUGCGCAGCUCCAAACUCUGUUGCAGUCAAUGUCGCAAGGAUCAUCAAGCAGCACGAGUGCACCUGCUUCGUCUGCUCCUGCUCCAUCCACCAAGCUCGUCGCUGUGGAUCGGCCCAUAUUGUUGUCGUCGGCGAAUCUAGCUGAAUUUGUAUCGUGGAGCGAGGCCUGGGAGGACUACUCCCGGUGUCAGCUGUUGUCAGCGCAGCCCCGCGAGACAAGGAUGGCCGCGUUUAGGCAGGCCUUGGAUGAGGACCUGCGACGUUUCGUUCGUGAAGGUGUGAUUGUGGUGCCAAACACCCAUGAUGUCCCGGAGGCCAUGGUUGAACUACGCAAGUUCAUCCGGCGCCAGCGCAACCCCCUGCUGGACAGGAUUGAAUUUUACCGCCGUGCCCAGCAACCUGGAGAGACGUUCGACGCGUGGUACACAUCCCUGAGGGAGUUGUUUCAUGCGUGCAACUUCUCCGGGUUGGAUGUCUGUUCGACAUGUUCAGGGCGUAUGUGUCAAACAUGCCAGCAGUCGCUCCAGGCUAACACGGAUGAAAUUCUGCGAGACCGCAUUGUUACCGGCAUCCUGCAGGAUGACGUUCGACACAAGCUGCUGGCAAUGAAGGAUCUAACCCUGGCAACCUGCGUCGACCUAUGCCGCGCCGAGGAGGCUGCCAGUCAAACCUCGUCACGUAUCCCCAGUCAGGCCACUGGAGACGCGUCCGUGAGUGCCGUUCGUUCCAGCUAUAAGAAGCAGAAAGGAAUGGCAUCCAAGCAAGCUCGAGCACCCGCAGCCAAGGAUACCAAGUCUGGCAGCAAGCCCUCGCCGGACAAGUGUCCCAACUGUGGCCGCACCGCUCAUAGCAAGCGACCCUGCCCUGCUGCGGAUCGCAAAUGCAAUGGCUGCCAACGCACCGGUCACUUCUUAUCCAUGUGUCCGUCUGCUUCUAAGAGGACUGUCGGUCAGCUGAAGCUGCAACGUGCCGCGUCCUCCCGUGAAGGGGCUACCAUAGCCGUCAACACGCAGCUCGUGUCUGCCGACAAGCCAACCAGUUUGCGCUGGCUUCCUGACACCGGCAGCGACAUCAACGCUAUUGGCCCUGCACACCUCGAGCUCCUCGGAGACUUUAUUGAGAAUCUGCCUACCGACAAGGAUGUUGUGCGCACCGCUGAUGGCGCACCCUUGACCAGUCUUGGCAAGAUCCAGGCGACCUUGACGCUCGAUUCCGUCACACACGACACCACACUGCACGUGUACAAAGGCCUGGAUGAGGCACUGCUAUCCCGCCAAAGCCUCUGUGCCUUGAAUCUGUUGCCUGCUUCUUGGCCCUCCGUGUUUGUCCGUUCUGCCCGUACUGAACCCAACACGGCCCGGCAGCUCCAACAGCAGCUUCUGGAAGAGUUUGCCGACGUUUUCGACAGCUCACAGCUUCCACCAAUGGAUGGUCCGCCCAUGGACAUUCAGUUGGAACCAGGUGCAGAACCCAGCUGCGUCCGCACUGCUCGCACCAUACCGUUUGCCUACCGGGAUCAGAUAAAGUCCCAACUGGACAGUAUGGUCGAUGAUCGCAUUAUCGAGCCAGUCACAGAACCCUCUGCGUGGUGCCAUCCAAUCGUUCUCGUUGAGAAGAAGGGCACAACUGAGAUGCGACUGACUGUGGACCUUCGAAAGCUGAAUGAUCAGGUACGCAGACCCACCCAUCCUGCUCGUACACCACAUGACGCAGUGGCAGCCAUCGGCAAAGCCCGCUACUUCACGAAGCUCGACGCCCGACAUGGCUAUUGGCAAGUCCCGCUGUCCGACGAUGCCAAGCCGCUCACCACCUUUAUCACACCGUGGGGGCGGUACCAGUUUCUUCGCAACCCGCAGGGCCUUGUCUCGGCUGGUGAUGUAUUCAACUCCCGUACCGACGCAGCGUUUGAUCGCCUCACCAACUUCGUAAAAGUGGUUGACGAUGGUCUUGUGUACGAUACGGAACUGACGACUCAUUUCACCCACGUUCGUGACGCUCUGCUCCGCGCCCGUCAGCACGGCAUUACCCUGAGCGCCAAGAAAUUCGUCUUCGGCGUCCCAGAAGUCGACUACUGUGGCUACCACAUCAACACGGAUGGGUACACCGUUGACAGUGACAAGACGGCAGCCAUCACUGAUUUCCCAGUACCCGUUAAUCGCACUGACGUCCGCUCAUUCUUCGGGCUAAUCAAUCAGUGUAGUGAUUUCUCGCCCCGUAUCGCACAGCUCAGCGACCCGCUUCGCCCGUUGCUGAAGUCCACGAAUGUGUUCCUGUGGGAGUCGGCACACACUGACGCGUUUAACGCCGUCAAAGCUGCCCUGGCUUCUCCCCCGAUAUUGUCGUUCUUUCAGCCUGGCCGACCGCUUCGGUUAGAAACUGAUGCGUCCGUGAAGAACGGACUUGGUUAUGUUUUGUGGCAGCAGCAGGGCGACACCUGGUGCAUACUCCAAUGUGGAAGCCGGUUCCUCUCUGAUGCCGAGACGAGAUACGCCGUCAUUGAGCUUGAAUGCCUUGCAGUUACCUGGGCAGUACGCAAGUGUUCGAUCUAUCUCUCCGGUGCUCGGUUUGAAGUUAUUACCGACCACCGCCCGCUCAUCCCUAUUCUGAACUCCUACUACUUGGAUCAGAUAGAGAAUCCCCGGCUGCAGCGGCUCGUCCUGAAACUUCGGCCCUAUCAGCUACACGCAACCUGGCGGAAAGGCACGGAUCAUGCUUUCCCUGACGCUCUGUCCCGCCAUCCAGUCAGCGACCCCUGCCCUGACGAUGAACUGGGUGAGAGUACUGCCUCUCAGGGCGCUGCUAUCCGUGUGUGCACGCUUGAUACGUCUGGUGGCCUGAAGUACCACGCGCUCCGCUCCGCCGCCCAGGCCGACGCUGACUACCAGUGCCUAGUUCAGUUCAUCGUGUCUGGUUUCCCUGCUAAGAGGUCCCUCAUGCCUGAGUCACUCCAGCCGUACUGGAAUGGUCACGAGCACCUCUCUAUUGACAGUGGUUUAGUGAUGAAAGGACCCCGUCUCUUGAUUCCCGUCGCUCUCCGGCAGCGUGUCUUGUCUGAUCUGCACGCAUCCCAUCAAGGAUUGACGCGCACGAAGUCCCGUGCCCGGCAGAUUGUAUUCUGGCCACGAUUGUCAGCCGACAUCGAGCAUGUUGUCCGCAGUUGUGACAAGUGCCGCCUGCACAGCGCCUCACAACCGAAGGAGCCACUCCGUGUGGACGAUCGUGCUCCAGAUCUGCCAUUCCAGCAUUGCAGCGCCGACCUGUUUGAGUGUGAAGGCCUGCAGUAUCUAGUGUAUGUGGACCGACUAACCAGCUGGCCCUGCGUUGCCAAGCUCGGACGCACUGCCUCCUCUGCAGACGUCAUUCGGUCUCUUCGCCGCUGGUUUCCUGACAUUGGUGUCCCCGAGGUACUUACCAGUGAUGGUGGCCCUCAGUUCCAGUCCCAUGUGUUCGCUAAGUUCUGUGAUACCUGGCACAUCCGUCAUGCUAAAUCCUCUCCCCAUUAUCCGCAGUCGAAUGGGCUUGCCGAGAAUGCCGUGAAAGCCAUGAAGUCGCUAAUUCACAAGACCACUAGUAAUGGCGACCUCGACGUGGAUUCCUUUCAACGUGCGUUGCUUGAGUGGAGGAAUACCCCGAACGCCACUGGUCAGAGUCCUGCCCAAGCUCUCUACGGCCGGCCUCUGUCGUCUUUUGUGUUUGCCCACCAUUCCAGCUUUGCUCCUGCAUGGCAAACACACGCUAAUGAAGUUGACCAGCGCUCAUCACACUACCUGGAGUCGACUCAGCAGCAUUACAACCGCUCUGCUCGGUCCCUUCCUCGUCUGUCUCUUGGAGCACAUGUCGACAUCCAGCAUCCCCGGACCAAGUUGUGGUCAGCUCAUGGCUCAAUCGUAGCCAUUGGUCAGCACCGGGACUACUUGGUGAAACUUCCAAGCGGCCGCAUCUAUUGGCGCAACCGCCGUUUCCUCCGACCAAGAGUCUCUCCUACACCCCCGCCAGCUGCAGCCGUCCCUACUGUUUAUGCUCCAGACGCGGCACAAGGCCAGACACCAGUUGCCUCUAUUGCCCCUGGUGUACAUGCCCCAGCACAGCCUGCACCACGCCGCAGUCAUCGCCAUCGGCAGCAGAAUGUCCCGUUUAAUGUGAUAUCCACACGCGGACAAUCUUAUGACUGA